AUGAAUAUCACUACUGGUCCUUCUAUUAAGAAUAAACGCAAAAAUAUAUUUAAUUCAAUAUCUGGUAGUAAAAAAUCCCGAUCAAUUACGAGAAAGACUUUGACGGGACUACAAAAAAAACUCUGUGAAAUGUUCAAUACGCGCUUAUAUCAAAAUCAAAAACUUGCAGAGAAAAUUUCAAUUAGCCCUGCUACGGAUAAUAUGGUUGAGAAUGCAGUAAACAACAAUCAGUCAGUGUCUGGACACAUUAUACUUGAGAAGGCCCGUGAGUUUGCUACACGUCUCGGUGUUCACAAUUUUAAUGGCUCAAACGGAUGGCUGGAAAAAUUCAAAAACUGA